UCGGUGGCGUCCUUGGCUCUAGAACUCGCGACGCAUGCUUUCCAGAUGGGCGAGUAAAAUCUCAACAAAACAUACGCCAAAACCUGGACUACUCAGGUCUUCUGCACAUCAUGCAUCAUUCUACGCGCCAGCUCCUCGUAGGAGCCCCGAAUCGCCAUGGCAGGCCCGCAACAACUCUGUCAAUGCCGGACUGUCACCAGCUUGGUCAUUGGCGCAUCUACUUCCUUCGGAAAGUCCUUCCUCGGGACUUGUGCAGUCUGAUGCGCAGCGCAACACAAUAUACGCGUUAUCCACGCCGCCAGGGAAGGCCGGAGUCGCAGUCAUUAGGGUGUCGGGCCCGGACGCCCUGAACGUGUGGCAGUCCAUGGUAUCGAAGAGUUCGAAGAGGAAUACUACAGCAAAAGCGGAAAAAAAGACUGGACAGUCAUUUGUUCCCAAACCAUGGAGGAUGUACCGAUGUCAAGUUGUCCAUCCUCAGUCGAAGGAAGUCCUAGAUAGUGGUCUAGCAGUGUACUUUAGAGGUCCCAGAUCAUUCACAGGCGAGGACACAGUAGAGUUCCAUGUCCACUCGGGGCGAGCCAUCCUGAACUCCGUCCUCUCCGCGCUUUCGACGUUCGCUUCGCUGCGUCUUGCAGAGCCCGGAGAGUUCACACGACGUACUUUCGAGUCAGGCCGCCUAGACUUGACAGAAGUCGAGGGUCUGCAUGAUCUCAUUAACGCGGAUACCAGUAGCCAGAGGCAAGCCGCGCUGCAGGCUGUCGGAGGAGUGCUGAAACACCGGUUCGAGUCUCUCCGUGGUACAAUCCUCCGUUCCUUGAGCCUGGUAGAAGCCGUUAUUGAUUUCGGUGAAGAGGAGGUCGAGGACGAUGUUUACCAAGAAGCCAAAGCACUUGCUCGCCGGGCCCGUACGGACGUGCAACUUCUUCUCGCGGACUACCGAAGGAGCGAAAUUGUUCGUUCUGGCCUCCGUCUGGCGAUUUUUGGACCCCCGAAUGCCGGAAAGAGCACCUUACUGAACUUUCUCGCGAAGCGAGAAGCAGCGAUCGUGACCAACAUCCCCGGAACUACUCGGGAUGUACUCGAGGUCACGCUUGACCUGGGUGGGCUACCUGUCAUUGUUUCCGAUACCGCGGGUAUCCGUUCGACCGACGAUGUCGUCGAGAAGAUUGGGAUCGAGCGAGCGAUCGAAGCGGUCGAGAAGGCGGACGUGAAGCUCUGCGUACUCGACGUGGCCGAGCUUGACAAAGCUCAUCCCGCAUCUGAGGAGCUCAUCACUAUCAUGCGUCGAAUCAAGCCUUUCUUGCUGGUCAACAAGAUUGAUUCAGAAGUCUCUUCACCACCCCAGGCCACAUUUCUCGCUGAUCAAAAGCAUGGCGUUGCCGGUGCUUGGGCAGUGAGCCUUCGGACAGGCAUGGGCAUUGAAACAUUCAUGAACGAACUGGGCAUGAAGUUACACGAAACCUAUGCUACUCACCUUGAACUCCAACGCGAUGAUGCGCCGCUCGUCAUCAAUGCCCGUCAUCGCGAGCAUCUGACAGCAGCGCUUCAAUUCCUAGAUGCCUUCCUAGGGCAGGGCGCGAAAGGAGUGUUUGAGGAAGAGAGCACAGGCUCGCCAGAAGACAUUGUCUUGGCUGCGGAGGAGCUUCGAUAUGCUGCUCAAGCAAUUGGAGCUAUAACCGGACGCAUUGAUGUUGAAGACAUCUUGGAUACCAUUUUCAGGGAGUUCUGUAUCGGCAAGUAGCCAAAUAAAUGGGUCAGAUGUCUUAACAGUGCUACACUACAUGCGUUGGUCUCGCAGCACGAUAAUUUGGACGCUUAUUGUUUGCCGGAAGCGCCGGCGCCACGGCGCCCUC